GGCAGAGCUCUUGCAGCUGACGACGCCCAGAAUUAUUGUAGAAUUGUAGAAUUGUUCCUUCUAUUUCGUAAGAAUAAAAACAUCUUCCUACCCACUUUCACCACAUCACUUUGUCAUUGUCAAGUCACAUACCAAGGUAUUAACUUACCUAUUUAUCUACCUUAAUUUGUAUCUACGAAAUCGCAAAAAUUGUGCGAUCUAGAUUCACGAUUACCGACGAAAUAUUCCAUCAAGUUACUCGGUAUCGUGUCCAUUAUCUACAAAUUCUACCCCAAUUUACUUAGAUAGCGCGACCUUUGAUCCCCCGCAGUUCGUGUUUGCAAGCCACCACGAUAAAUCCACCACCCGACCCGACCCUCUCUCUUCUUGUUCUGAAAGAUUUAGCUCGGGAAUUCCGGAAUACAAUCAUUCUUUUAUCUGCGACAGUAACGAGUAUCCUUCAAGAUGGGUAUCAACAACCCUCUUCCGUCGUCUAUGGCGUCGGAAUGCAAGAAGUGUGGAAAGAUUCUUACAUCCUUCAUUGACCCACGCCAAGCGUUUGGACCCGACAAGAUUAUUCCUCCUUCGGUCCUCGCAAACGCAAAGGGUCUUGCGAUUCUUACCGUCCUCAAAGCCGGCUUCCUCGGGUCAGCGCGUUUCGGUUCGGGUCUAGUCGUCGCCCGAUUGCCCGAUGGCACCUGGUCUGCUCCAUCUGCCAUUAUGACGGCGGGUGGUGGAUUCGGUGGCCAAAUCGGUUUCGAAUUGACCGACUUCGUUUUUAUACUGAACGAUUCACACGCCGUUAGGACGUUCUCCCAGCAAGGCUCUAUCACACUCGGUGGAAAUGUGUCAAUAGCCGCGGGACCAGUCGGUCGAAACGCCGAAGCUGCCGGUGCUGCGUCACUCAAGGGUGUAGCCGGUGUUUUCAGUUACAGCAAGACAAAGGGACUUUUUGCCGGCGUGUCGCUAGAGGGUUCGGCAAUUGUGGAGCGGAGAGAUGCGAAUGAGAAGUUGUACGGCCAACGCUGGACCGCAGCACAACUCCUCACAGGUUCCGUUCGACCAACACCGCAAGCAGCGCCCUUAAUGUCUGUGCUGAACUCGAGGAUUUUCGCGGGUGUGCGCACGGGCUCUGUCGGGGAUGAGAGCAUGUAUAACGAUGUCCCUGUUUAUGACGAUCGCCAUGAUGACGUAGUAUGGAACGGCCAACGAGGAAGUGCUUAUGGCGAGCCUGCUGGUAGAGAAGAAUUUGGCGGACCAAAACGCGCGAGUACCUGGCAGGAUGACGUAUAUGAUCGACCAGCUGGUGGUAUUUCUCGAUCCAACACUGUGGGAUCGCGAGGAUUUGAUGAUGACUAUGUAUAUCGCGACCGACCCUCACCUUCCACUAGCACAUUUGCAGAGGGUUCUGGCCCCGGUAGACCAGCUGCGCCGAAACCAAAUUUCGCGAGCAAACAGGCUUUGAUGAAGAAGAACGAGGCAGUUGCGUUGUUCAACUUCGAAGCUGAUCAACCGGGCGACUUGGGUUUCAAGAAGGGCGAGAUUAUCACGGUGGUGAAGAAGACGGAUAGUGCUAAUGACUGGUGGACUGGUAUGAUUGGCGCAAGACACGGCAUAUUCCCAAGCAAUUACGUUAAAAUGAAGGAAUAAAAAGGAUAUCCCACUAAAACUUACUAUCUCGGAAAUUACUUGGACACGGGACGGGGCGUACUCGGAUCGUGGGGAAAGUUUAAGGGGUAGGGGAGAAGGAUGGCAGUUGUGAGAUUGUUUGAGAUACCUAACACCUAGAUUCUACUCUUCCGCAUAGGGUUCUUGAUCGAAUGGGUUUGGGUUUAUGUUACAUUUGGUGAUUCGUGCUGCUUUGUUUAUUGUACACGCUACUGCGACGUUGGGGCGUUGCAGGUAGAGCAUUUUAUAUCAUAGCUUCAUGGUAGACAAUUCGAUUCAGCGUUCUGGAAUUAAGUUAGUGUUGCGCUGGUGAUAUACUUCUGAGUCGGUAGAUGUUGGUGUGAAAUAUGUCACGAGGACCUUGCAUUUUGAUAGUGGUGGAAAUUACAUACGUAUUCUAAAUACCGCUACGAUGUAGGUGCUCAAAACCUGAAUUGUUUAUGGGGUUAAUUGACCA